CGAAGCGUCAAGCCGCCGGCGUGAAGGAGAUCAUCUUCUCGGACCGCUUCUCCGGGCCCCGUGGCGCUUCAUGGCCAACGUAUGCAAAAAGAUGCGGCGACGAUCCAGAAUGAAGGUUCUAAAGAUACUGCAGUCGUUUUCGCAAGGAACAUUCAUAGCAUUUAUGCUACUCCUGUUCGGCGUAAACUGUAUGGGUGAACCCGGGUACCUCGACUUUGACAACCUUCCGGAGACGAACUUCACGUGCGCUGGCAAAGUGAUCGGUGGGUACUAUGCCGACCUGGAGGCGUCCUGCCAGAUGUUCCACGUCUGCACCAUCGGCCAGGGCGACGAGCCGAUGGACAUCAAGUUUCUCUGCCUCAACGGGACGGUGUUCGAUCAGGAGACGCGCGUCUGCGAGCGCGUCGACGAGGUCGACUGCUCCAAGUCCGAGAAGUUCUACUACCUGAACCUGGAGCUGUACGGCAACACGAUCAUUCCAUCGCCAGAGGAAGGAAGCUCCGAGGAGGACGGAAACGAUGGGGCGUCGUCGACCACGGCCAGCUCGACCACAACGUCGACUACCACCACCACGACGGUGAAGCCACCGACCACCACCCCCUCAAGGAGGUUCAUUUUCAACAACAACCACAACAACAAGGGACCAUUCACGCAGCCCAUCUCCUCGUCGACGGUGGCCUCGCCGAUGCACGCGUUCUCCAGCACUCCGAAGUCACCGACGGACGAAGAGGACUACGAGUACGAGGACGACGUGGAAUAUGGCGGCGGAGAGAAGCCGGCCGACCAGGGCGGUUCGUCGCUGGACGGUGGAUCCUUCUCACCGCAGCAGUUCACGCUGCAGCAGCAGCAGCAACCCAAAACGGAGCCCCCGACCAAGGCGGGCCAAAGCCCGGUGAAGCCGGCCGUCUCGUUCCAGCAGCAACACUUCCAGAACGGAGGCACCCUGACCGUGACCAACUCGCACGUGACGGUCACCACGCACACGACGGGCGGCGGAGUGGGAGGGCCGCCCACGCCGAACGCGGCCCCGUCCAACGGGACCGGCAAGCCGAAGGUCCAGACGCAGCAAAUCCUUUUGACGCACAAGCAAAAGCAGCAAUUUGAGCACCAGAAGCGCCAACAGCAGGAGCAGCUGCUGCAGCAGCAGGCCAUCACCAAGCAGCACGAGGAGCUCCAGAAGCGCCAGCAGGAGGCCGCCGUCAAGCAGCAGCAGAAGGCGCUGCAGCAGCAACAGAAGCAGGUCCAGCAGCACGAGGCGGAGAUCAAGAACCACCAGGCCCUGUUGCUGCUGCACACGCAGAAGAUCAACCGGGCGCAGCAGAAGCAACCGACCAUCCCGUCGUCGUCGUCGGGAGCACCCCCGCCCACGCAGCGCUCUCCGUUCCUCGGUGGCAGUGGCUUCGGUUCCGGUCCGGCGCAGCAGCAGCAGCAGCAAACCCAAGCACCAAAGAGAAUCCCGCUGCUGGCGUCCGCGUCCCCGUUGGUCCUGCCGUCGCCGGCUUCCCCACUGACCCCGUUCCGCCUGCGGGCGCAAGGCUUCAAGCUGCCGCCCUCGGUGGCGCCCCCACCGACCCAGCAGCGCCAGGACAUCCUGCGCCAGCAGCAGCAGCAACUGCAGCAGCACCAGCAGCAGCAUCACCACCACCAGCAGCAGCAGCAGCAACAUCCGGAGCAGGAGCGCUUCGAAGGCUACCGAAGACAGCCACCGCCUCAGUAUCCGGUUCGUUUUCAGGUCCCACUGCACCUGCCCUUCGAGCAGCCACUGCGCAACCAGAAGGACAUCUCGCUCCAGUUCGACCCGGAAGUCGAAGACCUCACGCAGAUCCCGCAGCACAAAGAGCUCAAGCGAUCGGACCCGCCUUUCCACCACACGCCUGGCCUGGCGCCACCACAGGCCCCACCGCUGCUGGCGAAAGAGUCGGCCAGCGAGCGUAAGUCCGGUCCGGCGCAAUCGGAAGUGGUGCCCGGCGCAGAUCCCGGCACCGUUCCCGGAGUGGAGCCCGUGGUAGAGUACGAGUACGACGACGAGGAGGAAGACUACAGCUCCGAGGGGGACGAGCCCGGGCCGGGUAGCCACGGCCUGGAUAGCGCCAAGUCCAACACCAAUAGUGAAUUUGUUAUCGCCAAGAACGCGCCCCCGAACGGUGGCACCUCCGAUGAGGCAGCCAGACGAAGUGAUGGUAGACCUAAUAGUACUAGCAAUAGCAGAAGUGGCAACAGCAGCAGCAACAGUGGUAGCGGUAGCAGUAGUAGUAGUAGCAGUAGCAGUAGUAGUAGUAGUAAUAGUAACGAUCGUAGCGCUAAGAAGCUCCCUAGCGGUAGCGGCAGCAACACUAGUAGGUUUAUCAUUAACAACGAACACCACAAGAGCCAUGGCAGCGGCGGCGUCGGAAGUAGCAGUGGCGCGGCGCCACGUGUACAGCCCUCGGCCCGAGGUCCGCCUGGGCCGCCUCCGGGUCCCAAAGUGAUCGUAACGACGAGCACCUCAAUCCGCGACAAUCACGGUCGCACGAUCAACUACUCGAUCACCAGCAACGGCGGAAGCUUCAGCACCGCCGCCAGCCACUCGGAAGCGGGCGCACUCACAACGUCCCGCCCCGCGCAGUCCCCGCAGCAGCAGCAGCAGCAGCAACCAGUCACCAGGGGCUACGACGAGUACAAAGACGAGCGAGACGUUCUGAGCGAUCCGUUCUUCCGGGACGUUCCGCGUACCGGGCCCGUCGUCAGAACCAGACGAUCGCCAUCGGCCGUGCCGCGCGGCAGGCGUUACAUCCUGCUCGUUCCUCGCUUUAUGUAGCCUUCCCCCUGUAGCUCCCCAUCUCUCAGAUAAAUCGACCAGAACCGCGCGACAUCCAAGGGGGCUGUCGCGGUUCGCGAUUGUAAAUAUUGGUCCAGCACGAUACGAAUCGGAAAAAAUGGAUGGAUUCGCAAUGAUGACAAAUACUCAAACACGUUCCGUUCCCUGCGGCUCUUUCGACCACCUUCCGACCUGAAACGGACCCGGACUCCAUGAUGAUGGUUUCUACGGUUAGCUAAUUUAAUGUAAUACGUCCAAUCGUCGGCUUUUUUUAAUUUAAACUUUAUUCUCCGAGCGAGUAACCGUCAGUUGUGUGUUUGUACAGUAAAAUGGCGUUACUCAACUGCGCUCGUUAAGGCAGCAGAGAGGGAUCCGAGGUCCAGAAAUAUCUUCACGCUCGAACGUUUGGUAUGAGGAGCAGAAAUUAUUCUUUUCAACAACCGUGUGACAUUAACAGUAGAUUUUCACACCCCUUCUACAAUCUCUUCGUCCCGUCCAACCAUUCCCGGGCCCAACAAAGCCAAACGGGGCGCCUGGAAUGCAACUGUAGAUCGAUAAAAUACCACUCAGCAAAGAGAUCAUGUAAAAAAUAAA